AUGGUGAUCCAUCUUCACCCUACUCUGAAGCCAAUCCUACUCCCGCCACAGCCCUGGUCUUCGAUCAUGAAGUUCCAGUCUCUCGACCGCAACGACCGGGGGAGAUGUUGGUGCGCGUCGAAGCGACGACCGUCGUUUCGAGAUGCUCUGACUUGGCCAGAGACCUAUUGCAGAAAAUACAGCAUUUUGGGCAACGACAUCUCCGGAACAGUGGUCUCCAUCAGCGAGGACUCUCAAAGUUCUCUGUUCAAGCCGGGAGACGAGGUUUGUGGCAUGACAGCGGCAUCGCGAGCUGGAACCUGGGCCGAAUAUGCGGUGGUGUCGGCAGAGGAAGCGUGGUCCAAGCCCCGGUCUCUCUCGUGGGCGGAAGCCGCAGCUGUACCUUUGAGUGCCUUGACUGCAUAUCAAGCACUCUUUGACAAAGCUGGCAUGGUGCCACCCGACUUCAGCAACACUCAUGGAGCGAUCCGGUCUCGUCCCGGAAGCGGUAGAGAAAAGAAGGGUCGUCUGCUGAUGAGCGGAGGUGCAGGUUGUGUCGGGAUCUAUGCAGUGCAAUUGGCCAGCUUGGCCGGCUUGUAUGUCGUCGCAGCGACAAGGUCAAGAAGACGGGAUGAAGAAUUUCUGAAAGGACUCGGUGCAGACAAGGUAAUUGAGUAUGGCGAUCUGAUUAAAAGUUCAUGGACAUAUGAGACUAUCAUUGACACGGUCGGCGGAAAGGGUCUUGAAACCUGCUGGAGCCUGGUCACCGAGUGCGGCACCUUGAUAUCUAUCGACAGCGCAAGCUACGAUUUUGUGCGGCGCCACCGCGAGUCCGGACUGGCCAGUGGGAAGGUAGCCGUCAAGGCUCUCUUUUUCAUUGUGGAUCCUUCGAGAACUGGUCUGGAACAAUUGGCAAAGGCCCUGGACUCGGCCCUUCUGAAGUCCUUUGUGGCGCGCGUGAUGCCCUUGGCGGAUGCAAGGCAGGCUUACAUGUAUUCCUCGAAUGCACCUAGAGAGCGAGGGAAAAUUGUUCUGGUGCCUCAACAUAGCAGACAAAUCCACACAUAG